CUCCAAUCCUAAUCCCCCCUCGAAGAGAGUUUUAUUUCGAAGAAGACGGUACCGCGCUUAUAUAAACACACAUUUCACAACCUGUUUGAAAUUUGUAAUCGUAUUUUCUCAGCAUCCAGUUUAAUAUAAAGGUUCAACGAUGAAAUUCUUCAUUUGCCUGGCUUUCAUCGGUUUCGUAGCAGCUUUUCCACAAAAGGAAGGCAGUGCGUAUACCCAGGAAGCGAUUCGACAAGCACAAAAUACGUUUUUAAUUCCAAAAGAUGCUCAGAUUCAAAAGGUACAAGAAGGUAUAGAAAUUGGAGCAUACGAAAGCAUUCCCGGAAAUCAAAAAAUCAACUUAUUCGAAAUUUUGGGUGACCAAUUCCCCCCAGAAGUCGUAAACAACCUUCAACAACAGAUCGAUCAAGUGGGCAGGAGCUAAUUGUGAAUGAGGUUUUAUUUAAAUCGUAAGGAUGUGAUAUGAAAUUGUUAAUGUAUGUCUUCUCGUGUCAAAAAAAAAAUGUUUCGCCAAGUACUAUCUAUUGUACUUUUUUAAAGUUUUAUUUUUGUAGUUUGGUGUUAAAAUUUUUAUUUCUUUUGUACAUAUUAAAUAUAAUUAUUCUAUAAGGUGUUUUAAAUAAAGUCUAAACAGGU